AUGAGCGACCACCUUUUAGUCCUCAUCCCGGGGCAGAUACUCACCGCAAGUGGGUUCACCAAAUACCUGCUGGCGACUCUGGGAGCCCUUUUUGCCUACCUCCUAGCCUCCUAUCUCGCUUCUCCGUUGAGGCAAUAUCCGGGCCCAUUCCUGGCUAAAUUUACCAAUCUAUGGCGAACGUACCACAUCGCCCAAGGCAGCUUCCACCACGUCCUGGUCCGUCUUCAUGAGAACUCCGGCAGCUCCCUCAUCGACGGCAACAUUGUGCACACCCUCUUUAGCCAGGACGACGAGGAGAAGCACGCGGCCGAGAAAAAGCCCAUCGCCAAGUACUACUCGCCCGCCAGUGUCGCCACGCUGGAACCCCUCAUAGACGAGACAAUCGCGCAGCUCUGUAGCGAGCUAGACAAGAGAUUCGCUGCCACUUGCGGUGCUACCGGAAAGGCCUUUGACCUGGGAAAAUGGAUUUUGUACUGUUCUGUAACCUUCUCCCAGCCCCUCGGCUAUCUCUCCGCCGGCGCCGACUUUGACGGCACACUCCGCGCGGCCGAGAAGAUCCAGGACUACUUCGCAUGGGUGGGAUGCGUGCCCUUCCUCGACCGCGUGCUAGAAAAGAACCGCAUCGUACAGAUGUUCAAGCGCCCCGGAGAGAUGAACGCUCUCGCGGGCAGCUGCGUAGGCCGGCUCAUCGCGCGGUACCAGGGCGCCGACGCAUCCCAAGAAUCCAAAUCGCAAGACGACGACGAGAAGAAGAAAACCCCCACCCCGACCCAACCCCAGCCCGACUACCUCGACCGCUUCAUCGAAGCCAAGUCCGCCAACCCCACCAUCACCGACGGCCAGAUCGUCGGCUGGCUCAUGAUCAACAUGCUCGCCGGCGCCGACACCACCGCCAUCUCCAUCCGCUCCGCCAUCCACCUCUCCCUGCGCACCCCAGGAGCACCAGUGCUCGCGUUCAAACCCCGUACAUCCUCAAACCGCAACGUCGGGGUGUGGUGCGCCGACGCGCACGCCUUCCCGACCGGAAGCGAUGGCUGCACGGGGAGAGGGAAAGGGGAGGGAGAGUUUGCGGCGCGACUGCGCGCGAUGAAUGAUGCGGAUUUGAGUUUUGGGGCGGGGUCCCGCAUGUGUAUUGGCAAGCAUCUGGGGCUGAUGCAGGUGUAUAAGGUGGUGGCGACGGUGGUGCUGGGGUAUGAGGUCGAGUUGGUGCGGCCCGGGGAGGAGUUGAGGGUGGUGAAUAGUUGGUUUCCGAGGCAGGAGGGGCUGGAGGUGAGGAUGGUGAGGAGGGGGGCGGAUUGA